AUAAAUCCCGCACAAAUACAAAUUUAGACAUCUAGUAGUCAUUUCGUACACUUCAAAAACUUUGGCCCCCACUUGCUUUUUGAGUACUUUACCCGGUUUGGUUCUCCUAAGUCGGAAUCUAUUUUUAGUAAUUUCGUGAAUUUCAAUCAGAUAAAUAAAUUUAAAAUGCCACCUAAGAAAGAAGCUGCUCCAGAGCCCAAACCACUCAUUGGACGUGUUGGUACAAGUCUUAAAAUUGGAAUUGUUGGACUUCCAAAUGUUGGCAAAUCCACUUUCUUCAAUAUCUUGACUAAAAGUGCAGCACCUGCUGAGAAUUUCCCAUUUUGCACCAUUGAUCCUAAUGAAAGUAGGGUUGCAGUUCCUGAUGAUAGGUUUGAUUGGCUUUGUGAACAUUACAAACCAGCCAGUAAAGUCCAAGCUUAUCUAAAUAUUGUGGAUAUUGCUGGAUUAGUAAAGGGAGCUCAUGAAGGUCAAGGUUUGGGAAACGCCUUCCUUUCUCACAUUCGAAGUGUCGAUGCAAUUUUUCAUCUUUGCCGAACUUUUGAGAGUGAAGAAAUUACUCACGUUGAAGGUGACGUCAAUCCUGUUCGAGAUAUCGAAAUCAUCAAUGAAGAACUAAGGUUGAAGGAUGAAGAAUAUCUCUUGGCAACGAUUAAAAAAACGGAGUCUCUAAUGCGCAGUGACAAAAAGAUGAAAACAGAAUAUGAUAUUUUGUGCAAAGUUAAGGCCCAUCUUGUUGAUCAAGCAAAACACAUUCGGUAUGGCGACUGGAACGUCCAAGAAAUCGAAGUGUUAAACAAGCAUUUGUUUAUCACAUCGAAACCUGUCAUUUAUUUGGUAAAUAUGGCAGAAAAAGAUUAUAUUCGGAAAAAGAAUAAAUGGUUACCUAAGCUCAAAGAGUGGAUCGAUGCAAACGAUUCUGGCGCUAUGAUGAUUCCUUUCUCUGGUGCCUUUGAAGGCAAGAUAGCCGAUAUGGAUGUUGACGCACGUAAAGCUUUUUGUGAAGAAAACAAAGCAAAUAGUACAUUCGAGAAGAUUAUUGUACAGGGCUACAAAUGCCUUCAUUUGAUGUACUUCUUCACAGCGGGUCACGACGAGGUCAAAGCUUGGUCCAUUCAGGUUUGUGUAACUUUAGUUUUAAAAAAUCUCCGAUUUCUGAUCAUCCAAAUUGAUUUACAAUUGCAGAAGGGAACCAAAGCUCCACAGGCGGCUGGCCGAAUUCAUACGGAUUUCGAAAAAGGUUUCAUUAUGGCGGAAGUCUUUAAAUUCAACGACCUAAAAGAGGAAGGCACUGAGGCAGCUGUCAAGGCAGCUGGAAAAUAUCGUCAGCAAGGUAAACUUUACGUUGUAGAAGACGGUGACAUCAUCUUGUUCAAAUUCAAUGCUGGAGCUGGACUUACUGCUGGUAAAGACGCCAAAAAGAAAUGAAAACGCACUAUUGAGCUAACACUCGUUCCUCAAAAGCAAAUAAGAGUGAACUGAUGAAAAUAAAAUCGGAAGACUGAAAA